CACUUCUGUCAUGUUAUUGUUAGAAUUAUUUUCUUUUCGAACGCGGCUGUAAGUUUCGUCGCGUGAUUUUCUGCAUGAAAUUUUGCGAAAUUUUUGUGUUUUUUUGAGAUUGUAUAAGUAUUAUGGCGGCUAAAAGCGGUUCCGGCGCGGGUGAUAUUCCUGAUAAGGGUGUUACCCAAACACCCGGUAUACAAAAAAAUCAUAGACAAAUUCGAAUAACGAUUUCUAAUUUAAAUACGUCCGGGGGAGAUACAGUUGUGGUUUCGGGGCCUAAGAAACCUCCGCCUGGGCCUCCUGCUCCGCCUGGAGGUGGAGAUAAAUCUAAGAAACCUGGUCAACCUGCUCAGCCUCCAAAUAAACCUGGACCUCCUGGUCAGAAACCUCCUGCUCCUCCUAAGCCUCCUGGAAAACCUGGUCCACCUGCGCAGAAACCUGGAGUUCCUCCUAAACCUGGACAAAAACCUCCUCAACCUACACCUCCGCCUAAACCAGGACAGAAACCACCACCUACUCCUUCUGGUAAACCUCCUCCGAGACCUGCAACACCUCCUAAGCGACCAGGACAACCAGGAGGUCCAGGACCUCGUAAACCCGGGGAUCCAUGUCACGAACCUCCUAAGCCUGGGAAACCUGGACCUAAACCACCUGGACCUCCUAAACCUGGGCAACCAGGACCUCCUAAACCUGGGCAACCAGGACCUCCCAAACCAGGACAACCCGGGCCUAAACAACCUCCUAUACCUGGACAACCUGGACCACCAGGACCAAAACAACCUCCUACACCUCCCAAACCUGGACAGCCUGGACCACCUGGACCCAAACAACCUCCUGCCCCUCCCAAACCAGGCCAACCAGGACCAAAACCUCAAACACCUCCCCAAAAACCCGGAAAAUCCCCAAAAACCAAAUCCAGACCUCACAUACCAGGCACAAUGCCAAAAGUCGGCAUAAAACCAGGUUGCAAAGCAAACCAAGUUAAAACCUCCGGUCACUUCCGAUCAUUCUCCACAUCACCCAUGUCAGUCCUCCAACAUUAUCCCAAACCUCUCGUGAAUGUCCCAAUAAGUAUGGUUUCAUGUGGGGCAUGUUCUGGUUUUCACAUCCAGACCUUACUCAAACAUUUCCUACCCUUGAAAACUUCCUACCAGGAAACAGCAAAAAUGGCCGCAACUGUUUCCAAACCAGCCUCUAAUUCAUUUCGGGUAUCUCCACUCUUAAAGCUCUCCAGAUGGUCGAUGAUUGUCGCUGGCAUCCUGGUUGGCCUCGACCGUGCUCGGAAGCUUACUGCUAAUAGACGUCUCGUCAAUACUUGUGCAACUUCUAUGGAAGAAUAAUGCGAAAUUUUGAUUUCAUGCAGAAAAUAAUAAAUUUUAGUUCAUUUUAA